AUGAAAGCUCUCUGCAAGUCGAUCCUCAAGCUCGAUGUCGACUUCGAAGCCCCGAGUGCACCGACCCCCAAGAUUUUUGCGAGUCCGGGGCCGCUAGAUCGAGGCCGACAGUCGUUUAAUAGGAUAGGACUGCAUGGACGCAAGAUAAUAUCUUCGGAGCUGAAAGCGCGCCGAUCCAAGAGGUGCGCAAGACCUCAUUUUCGAACCUAUUCGGAGCGUAUCAUCUUACUCAUCAAUCCAACAUGUCUGCAAGACAUCCACCUCGAACUCAUCUUCGGAGCUUCAAGCACACCGAUCCACCGGCGACCUGCCAACUCUCAGCCUGCGUCCUUUGGCCUAUCUUCAUUGACCUCAGGACUCAUAAGACGAUCUAAUUGGACUCCCCUCAAAGGUGUGGCAAGGCUUGCAGAAAUCUGCGGUCAGAGUUGCAGUGAGGACGGAAGCUGGGUGGCGCUUCUCGAUCUCUAUUUUCGCCCCAAAUCGGACAUCAGACAUCUCAAGCCUCCUGGAUUUUCGUCAACUGAUGGAUCGUGGUAG